UUGUAGAAAUUCAUGUGAACAGCUCAUCUUUGCAAACGAGACACAGGUGACAAUAGGUUUUCCUGUAUGAAUAAAGGAUAUUAACGUAGUCCUGACAUCACGAGAAGAGUUCGAGCUGCUUAACGAUUCAUGUUGACAAUAGUGAUGUUGACUCUGUGAGGCUUUGGCGCCAUCUAGUGGCCACUUCCGAUUAUUAUUAUUUUUAGAUUUUCAAUAUGGCUGCCCGCUUAGAAACGCUCUCGUCUGAGUUUAUGUCAAGUAUUUGCAGGAGAUACGAAAAGGACAAGUAAGGCACCAUGGAUGCAAAACAGAUCAUCCACUCUGUGAUUCAUAUAGAAAAACUAAACCUGGACAGGAGCUACGAGGAUAUGGUGGCUCUGCUAAGUGAGCUAGAUAAGUCACUUGUUUCAGUGGAUCAGCUGCAGACGACGGACAUCAUCAGGGUCCUUUACAGGGUGCUGAAAACCUGCUCAGAUGUCUGUGUGAAGAAAAGAGUGAAGGACUUAUUGACAAAAUGGAGGAAAUGGUUCAGAGACGCCAACCAAACAUCUCAAGAUGUAGGCCUGCGUGGCACAAAAGACAAAGACGACAGUGUGAACAAGAAUGUGACCCCCUCGGUUGAGAUGGGUGCUGAUGACAAAACAGUCCUCAAAUUGGGGGCUUGCCUUUCUGUUUCAGGACAGAGCCGUGCAUGUGAAAGUGAUGUAGAGCGUGCAAGGAACGGUGAAGGAGAAACAAUACUUUCUUCACCAGCUGGAGAAGGACAGUCUGCCAUGGAUUCCUCCUCCUGCUCCCUCUCCCAGAACUCUAAACCUCCUCCUUUAACUGCAGGCGGCGUCCCUGCGUCCCCAAACGAUUUCUCAGCGGUCAGAUCCAAAUGUGUCCAUCUCCUUCUCAGCAGCCUCAGUGCGGAAGCCCCCGAUGUGUCGGAGCACAUGGAGACGGCUGCUCAGCUGGCCGGUGACAUCGAGAAGCACAUCCACGCCCUCCACGGCACCAACCAGGUCAAGUACAAGGCCUGCGUGAGGAGCAAGGUGGCCAAUCUCAGGAACCCCAAGAGCUGCCACCUCCGCCGGGAUCUCCUGAGCGGCUCGCUGUUGCCCGAGGUCUUCGCCCGAAUGUCCACCGAGGAGAUGGCCGGCGCGGAGCUGCAGCGGCUGAGGGAGGAGUACACGACCCAGGGCGUGAGCGAGCGGCAGCUCCCUCAGGAGUUGGAGGGGACUCGGACGCAGAAGAUUCGCUGCCAGCGGUGCGGGGGCUCAGACUGCAGGGUGACGCAGGUGUCCCGGGGGACGCUUUUCCUGCCCGCCUGGGUGCGCCGCAGUGGCCCCGAUGAAGACGCAAUGACCUUUGUGACCUGCAGUGGGUGUGGGGAACAGUGGUACCACAGUGGCUGGAUCUGCCUCUGA